CCGUAGUUUUUUCUCUGUAUGUUCGAGCCUAAUUCAUUCCAUAGAUUCUUUCGGCGUUGUCGGAAAUCCCACUCCUCGAUCGAUCUCCGAAUGCUCAGAUGCUUCCGAACUUUGCUCGACCAAUGCAAUUCAUGGCCGCAGCUGAAGCGUAUCCACACCCUCCUCACAACUGCCGGCCUCUCUCAUACCGAACCGUUCGCCUGGAAAAUAUUGGCAUUUGCCGCCACAUUCGACAUAGACUACGCCUACCAUUUCUUCCGCCAUCUCCCCAGCCCCAAGGUCUUCCAUUACAACGCAAUCAUACGCGGCUUCUCCAACAGCAAGAACCCAAUCAAAGCCAUACGAACAUUCAAGCUCAUGCUGCUGUACGACGUCGUGCCGGACCACCUGACCUACCCUUUCCUCGCCAAGGCUUCCGCACGGCUAUCAAAGUCGCAGCUCGGCGCCUGCGUUCACGGUCGAGUGCUCAAGGUUGGGCUCGUGGCGGACGUAUUCAUCGCCAAUUCCUUGAUUCAUAUGUACGGAGCGUGUGGUGAGAUUGCGAGUGGCCGGAAUGUGUUCGACAAAAUGCCCAUGAGGAAUUUGGUCUCGUGGAACUCUAUACUGGACGGGUAUGGUAAGUGUGGGGAUGUGACCACAAUGAGGCACGUGUUCGACGAAAUGCCUGAGAGGGAUGUCGUGUCGUGGAGUGCUUUGGUGGAUGGGUAUGUCAAGGAAGGAAACUAUGCCGAGGCAUUGACAGUGUUCGGGAGGAUGAAAGCCGAAGGGCCGAUGGCGAAUGAGGUUACUAUGGUCAGUGUGUUAUGUGCUUGUGCACACUUGUGUGCACUUGAGCAAGGAAGGGCUAUGCACCGAUACGUCGUGGAUCAUGGCUUGCCCUUAACUCUCGUUUUAAGGACAUCUCUAGUCGACAUGUAUGCAAAAUGUGGCGCUAUAGAGGAUGCACGGCGAGUAUUUUGUCAGGUUUCUAAAGAUAAAACCGAUGUUCUAAUAUGGAAUGCGAUGAUUGGUGGACUUGCAAGCCAUGGCUAUACGUCCGAGGCGCUCGAGGUUUACAAAGAAAUGCGCGGAUCAGGAAUUUGGCCGGAUGAGAUAACAUACCUGUGCCUGCUGUGUGCUUGCGCCCAUGGCGGAUUAGUAAAGGAGGCGUGGAGAUACUUCAAUAGCAUCGCCAAAGAUGGGAUGGCGCCAAAGAGUGAGCAUUAUGCUUGCAUGGUGGAUGUGCUGGCUCGCGCCGGCCUUGUGGAAGAGGCCUACCAAUUUGUAUCCCAAAUGCCGGCAGAGCCUACUGCCUCGACACUCGGUGCGUUGCUCAAUGGCUGUAUAAGUCAUAGAAAGUUAGAUCUUGCAGAGAUGGUGGGGAGAAGGCUGGUGGAACUUGAUCCCGGUCAUGAUGGGAGAUACAUUGGGCUAUCUAAUGUUUAUGCAGUUACAAAACGAUGGGACAAAGCAAGAACCACUAGGGCAGCAAUGGAGUCAAGAGGGGUGAGGAAGAUCCCAGGUUGUAGCUAUGUUGAGGUUCUUGGAUCUCUUCGUAGAUUUAUUGCUCACGAUUUGGGGCAUCCCGAAUCAGAAGAUAUUUAUUUAAUGUUAGAUGUGAUGGUAGAAGAGAUGAAACUAAGAACACAUCCUUACGAGGAGGAGACCUUUUGGAUCUCCACCUGAGUGGUAAGUGGAACACGAUUUAUUUGACAACGCUGUACUCUGGAAGAAAGCGUUGUUAACUUCGGUAUUAGAAUAGCGCUUUCGUUGGUAUUGGAAAAAUUGGUGGAACUGAACAGCGCACAGACCACGUCAGUUCGGGAAGGAAAUCCA